AUUUCUCUGCACCCAACAACUUCUCUCAUCGAUCUUCUCCAAUUCUUGAAUCCAUUUCUGCUCUGAUUUUCACUUUUCUCUAUAGAAAGGAAAAGAAAACAAAAAUGGGCGUCUCCACCUACACCGACGAGCAGACUUCUCCGGUCGCCCCUUCGAGGAUUUUCAAGGCCUCAAUUGUCGACUCCCACAACUUGAUCCCAAAGCUAAUGCCACAAGCCAUCAAGAGCAUUGACAUCGUCCAAGGCACCGGGGGCACUGGCAGCAUUAAGCAAAUCAACUUCCCCGAAGGUAGUAGUUUGAAGUCGAUAAAAUAUUACAUCGACGAGCUGAACGAGGAGACAUUGACGUACAAGUACACGUUGGUCGAAGGCGACGCCCUGUUAGAUCAGCUCGAGAAGAUAACGUACGAGGUGAAGUUUGAGAAGACGGCGGAGGGUGGCUCCAUUUCUAAGGUGACAAGCAAGUACUACACUGUUGGGGAUUUCAAGAUGAAGGAAGAAGAAAUCAAGGCUGGGAAAGAGAGGGUGAUUGCAAUGUACAAAGCUGUGGAGGCCUAUCUUAUUCAGAACCCUCAGGCUUAUGCUUAGGAUAUGUUCCUCGAUCUGGUCUUCUCCCAAAUACUGUCUAAUGAAUCAACAGUGAGCUAAGUUCGUGCGGGCAUAUUCCUUUUGUUGGUGUCAUCAGUCAUGUUUAAUUUGGUUCUUUCCCAAUUCCAUUUCCCAAUUAAUCUCAUGAUGUGUGUCCUUCAAUUCCAAGUGUGGUUUUAAUAAUGUAUUGUUCAGUCAUAUUGUGUUUGUAAUAAGGGUAUGAUACUCCUAAAUUUAUAUCAAUAAAAUAUUUAUUGCGUUUCAAA